AUGAAAAGGCCAAAAGGGAAAGAAGAUGCCAAGGCUUUACUGCCACUACUUCCAUAUCCAAAACUCAAUAGAUAUACCAAGAGACACACCUUCCCUUUUGAAACCCCAGAAACCAUGGCUGCCAAUAUCGCCAUUUCCACUUCCUCUUCUUCUUAUUCUGCAACUUCACUAGCUACCAAACUUAAUAUCCCACCAAAACCCUCUUCAUUUCGAUCCCUCUGUCCUCCAAGAGCAAACUCAAAUCGUCGCUUCAAACUUCAUGCAAAAUUAGGAGGAGAAGAUGCGGAAGUCAGUAAAGACGGAAAGAAGAAGUUCAUUACUAAAGAACAAGAACCAGAACAGUAUUGGCAAACAGCAGGGGAAAGGGACGGGGAGAAUCCGAUGAUGACGCCUCUACCAUACAUUAUCAUAUUCGGCAUGUCGACUCCAUUUGUCAUCUUGGCUAUUGGGUUUCUUAAUGGUUGGAUCAAGGUGCCCAUCCGAUGAUCAAACCAGUCUUUGUUUAAAUUCUAAAUGUGAUUGAUACCUUUCUUGAAUUAUAAGUUU